AUGGGGAUACAAGGAUUGCUGCAGUUUCUCAAAGAAGCUUCUGAACCCAUUCAUGUGAGAAAGUAUAAAGGUCAGGUAGUAGCUGUGGAUACAUAUUGCUGGCUUCACAAAGGAGCCAUUGCUUGUGCGGAAAAACUCGCCAAAGGUGAACCUACUGAUAGGUAUGUAGGAUUUUGUAUGAAAUUUGUAAAUAUGUUACUAUCUCAUGGAAUUAAGCCUAUUCUGAUUUUUGACGGAUGUACUUUACCUUCUAAAAACGAAGUAGAGAAGUCUAGAAGAGAAAGACGACAAGCCAAUCUGCUUAAGGGAAAACAACUUCUUCGUGAGGGGAAAGUGUCAGAAGCUAGAGAAUGUUUUACCCGUUCUAUCAAUAUUACACAUGCUAUGGCUCACAAAGUAAUUAAAGCUGCUCGGGCUCAGGGAGUAGAUUGUCUUGUAGCUCCUUAUGAAGCAGAUGCGCAGUUGGCCUAUCUUAACAAAGUUGGUAUUGUACAAGCUGUAAUUACAGAGGACUCUGAUCUCCUUGCUUUUGGCUGUAAAAAGGUGAUUUUAAAAAUGGACCAGUUGGGAAAUGGACUAGAAAUUGAUCAAGCUCGACUAGGAAUGUGCAAACAACUUGGAGAUGUGUUCACAGAAGAGAAGUUCCGUUAUAUGUGCAUCCUUUCAGGUUGUGACUAUCUGUCAUCAUUGCGUGGCAUUGGAUUAGCAAAGGCCUGCAAAGUAUUAAGACUAGCCAAUAAUCCAGAUAUUGUAAAGGUCAUCAAGAAAAUUGGACAUUAUCUAAAGAUGAAUAUUGUAGUACCAGAAGAUUAUAUCAAAGGAUUUAUUCGGGCCAAUAAUACCUUCCUUUAUCAACUCGUGUUUGAUCCCAUCAAAAGAAAACUUAUCCCUCUGAAUGCCUAUGAAGAUGACAUUGAUCCAGAAACACUAAGCUAUGCUGGGCGGUAUAUUGAUGAUUCUAUAGCUCUUCAAAUAGCACUUGGAAAUAAAGAUAUAAAUACUUUUGAAGAGAUUGAUGACUACAAUCCAGACUCUGCUGUGCCUACCCAAUCAAGAUCUUACAGUUGGGAUGAUAAAACUCAUCAAAAGUCAUCUAUUUCUAAUAGCAUUUGGCAUAGGAAUUACUGCCCUGGAGUCAAGCUAAAUGUUGUUACAAAUGAUGUAAGAUCAAGGGAAAAAAGAAGUACUGUGGGCACUGAGCAAAUAAUUAGUACUAAAGCAUUAAAUCUUCCCCAGAAAUCAUCUGUUGUGAAAAGACCAAGAAGUGAACUAUUAGAUGAUGAUCUGUUGAGUCAGUAUUAUCCUUCAUUUACAAAGAAGACAAGGAAAAAUAGCUGUGAAGGAAAUAAAUCGCUGAACUCUUCUGAAACAUCAAUAUCUAACCUGCAAGAGGAAACCACUAGCAAAAAAAACUUAAGUCCACAACCUACAAGAAGAAAUAAAUUUGCGACAUUUUUACAGAGAAAACAUGAAGAAAGUGGUGCAGUUGUGGUUCCAGGAACCAGAAGCAGGUUUUUUUGCAAUUCUCUGGAUUGUGUUGAUUCUGUGUCUAAGAAAACCAGUGACAAGUCUGUAGAUGAAACUGCUUUCACGGAUAAAGAGAGCAAUCUGAAAGAAGGGGAUGAUCAAAAUGACAAGAAGCUAGUUAAUAUGAAUAUAGCACAUAAUUCCAGUAAUCUGAUUCCAGAUAAUCUAGUUGAUAUGAAUGUAGCACAUAAUUCAAGUUAUCAGAUUCCAGAUAAUGUAACUGGGAUUAGCAAAGAGGAGUCCCAGGCUUUUGAGACCUGUAAAUUCACAAGGACCAUUUCAUCACCCACUUUGGGGACUCCAAAAAGUUGUUUCAGUUGGUCUGGAAGUCUUGGGAAUUUUUCAAAGUCUCCGAGCCCCUCUUCAACAACAGCAUUGCAACAGUUUCGCAGGAAGAGUGAUUCUGUUAUCUCUCAGACUGAGAAGGUUAAGAUGUCUGAUAGAUCUCCAUUGAAAGGUGAUGAAUCAGGCGAUGAAUCUCAUCCCAUCCAUAAAUCAAGUGGGUCUUCACAGUCUCAAGAACAUAUCAGAUUUGCACCACAGAGUUUGAAUGUAUCAAAACUUUCAGAGGGUCCUGGGUUGUAUAAAUCUUGUUCUGUGGACAGUCUUUCUACAACCAAAAUCAAACCUCUAGUACCUGCGAGAGUCAGUGGGCUGAGCAAGAAUCCAGGAAGCAUCCAGAGAAGAAAUCACCAUAAUGCUGAGAAUAAGUCAGGAUUGCAGAUAAAAAUCAGUGAACUCUGGAAAAAUUUUGGAUUUAAGAAAAAUUCUGAGAAAAUUUCAUCUUGUCAGAAGCCAGCUCCUCUGUCUCCAGUCAAAGAUAAUAUCCAACUAACUCCAGAAACAGAAGAGGAUAUAUAUAACAAAUCUGAAUAUGCAUGUAUUCAGAGAGCAAUAUUCCAGUAA